GACGUGCCCGCCACUAUAGACUACGUAUUGAACUACACCAAGGCGGAUAAGGUGAAUUACAUUGGAUUUUCCCAAGGCGCAGGAACAUUCUUCAUCAUGUGUUCCGAAAGACCGGAGUAUUGUGAUAAAGUGGGGCUUUUCAUCGCCUUAGCGCCGGCCGCUCGACACACAAACACUAAAUCUUUGCCUUAUAAAGUUUUAGCGAAGACCAUUAACUCCAUGGAGUACGUACUAAAUCUGUGUGGUAUGCAGGAAGUGUUCUCUAAAGGUGCGCUCAGUCAAGAGUUCCUCGCAUUUUUCUGUCAAUUCCAUUGGAUUUCGGAAUUAGUUUGCGGCACCGCCGAGGCGAUGUUUGAUUCGUUUCAUCCGGGUUCGAUACGAAAGGAGACUUUGAAAGUGCUUUUCGGACAUUUCCCAGCUGGGACGUCGACCCAGAAUAUGGCUCGGUAUGGGCAGAGUAUGAAUAGUGAUAGAUUUCAAAAGUUCGAUUAUGGUAGUUAUAAAAAUAUUAAAUUAUACGGAUCACAUGAACCUCCAUCUUACAAUCUGAGUGCAGUGAGUGCGCCGGCGGUGGUUAUCUACGGCAAGAACGACCGCUUAGUUGACGAGAGAGAUGUGAGUUGGUUGUUGGAGCGGCUGCCCAAUGUAAUGGAGGCCGUCAGAGUGAGUGACCCGCUGUGGAACCACCUUGACGUCACCUACAGUCACUUGACAAACCAUAGCAUUUUUCCUAAAAUUAAUAAUUAUUUACUUAAAUAUAGUAACGAUUGACUAUUUUAUUAGAGUACUUUCCAUUAUUUACACGAUACAGUGAACA